AUGCCUUCCAAUGACGCAUUUGACCUGUACAGCCAACCUAAAACCAUUGCUCCUGCGAGCAGAAAGAAGGGCAACAGGCGGCAUCCUACGGAAAGCAGUAGCGACCCUCAAAAGAAAAUGGCUCGGACUGAGGAUCCUCCUGGACCUGUACCUUCCAAGGAAACUACUCCUCCUCCAGCUCCCAUCGACCAGACUCUUCCACCAGCUCCCGUCGACCCAACUCCUCCCGCUCCUGUCAACCCAAUGCCUCCUGACCAAUCAGGCAAAACUCAGGCCGAGGCUGUUCCAAGCACAGCCUACAACUCGACCAAUGAGAAAUUGAAGAAGCUAUCAAGACAGGUAGUUUUGACCCUGAGUACAGGCUGGCAUCCCUUGGAGGAGUCGUCUGCCAAGCAAGCUGAAGAAAUUAGAGAUGUCGAGGGAAGACUUACCGAGCAGCUCAAAGCAGUGGAGGGAAGACUUGCCGAGCAGCUCAAAGCUGCCGACGAUAGACACGCCCAACUGGUCGAGGAGCUAAGAGUAGUUGAGGAGAUAAAUGCCCAACUGGGUGAGGAGCUGAAGCAACAUAAGGAGACUUUGGUCAAAGUCAUUGAGUCAAAAGAGAGGUACAAGGAGUCUUCAGUGUUGAACUUCAAAGAGGCCUCCAAACUCCAAGACGAACUGGCGAUCAACCAGAAAGAAACUGCUGAGCUGGAGGAGCGAGUUAAAUUGCUUGAAGAAACCAACACUAGUGAUUUGGAGCGGUUCAAGGGAGCAACUUCAACUGCUCUUAUAUGUUCUGGAAAUAGAACCGCGAGGUGA